AUUAUUUCCUAUAGAGUAAAGAAUAUACAUAUAUAUUAUUUUGAUAUUAUAUUCAAUCUCACUUCUUUGGGACGCGAACAGAAAAAGCAUUUAAAUUUAUUACAUUCUGUGGUUGAUGAGAUGAUACAGCAACGCAUAGAUGAAUCAAAUAAUAAUGUGAAUACAACCGAAAAUGAGAAAAACCGACCUUAUAGAACGUUUUUCGACAUUCAAAUGGAUGCAUGUCGUAAACAAAAUAUCAUGCAACAAGAGAUUCACGAUAACGUAAUGACAAUGUUAUUAACGGCCAGUGACUCAAUCUCUGUUACGAUGAACUUUGCUAUCUUUAUGUUAGCAAAUUUUCCAAAUAUACAAGAAAAAGUAUAUCAAGAACUGUUGGAAAUUUAUGGCACGGAAACUACAAAAUCUGCUCCAAUUAAAUACGAUGAUUUGCAACAUAUGCAUUAUUUGGACCGAGUUAUCAAGGAGACAAUGAGACUUUUCCCUCCUGCCCCUUUAAUUAUACGACGAGUAACGAAAGAUUUAGAAAUAGGGGAGGCCGUUGUACCGAAAGGUGCAGAUAUUAUUAUAGGAAUUAUAAAAAUGCAACGGGACGAAAAAUAUUGGUCAAAUCCGUUAAUGUUCGAUCCUGAUAGAUUUCUCCCAGAAAGAAUAAAGGAUUGCCAAUUAAGUUAUUUCCCUUUUAGUGACGGACUAAGAAAUUGUAUAGGUAUGAAGUAUGCAAUUAUAUGUUUGAAAGUUCUACUAGCGACGUUGGUACGAACAUUCAUAUUUAACGUAGACAAAAGCAUUGAAAUACAUCAAAUUAAACUGGAAAUUGAUCUGUUAUUGUCUACUAAAAAGCCUUUAAAAGUAAAAAUUGAAAAACGAUGCUUCCAAUAA